AUGUUUGAUUUACCUGAAGCCAAGCGAGUGCGUCGCAAUGAAGUCCAAUCCCCCGCUUCAUCACGGUCACCCUCCCCAGUCGAUGAAUCAAAACUUCAAGAUGCACACGCCCGUCUAGGGAAAUUACUCAACCUCGAUGACUUAAUUGGCCCCAAUGUGGAAUCAGAAAAUACAUCAAAUGGGACACAACCGGGCGCCAAUGAGGAGGAGGAGCAGGAAUUCGAGUUUCGCCUGUUCAGUGCCCCGACGAAAACCCCAGAUACCACACAAAAACCAUCAGAUGGCGGAGAUAAAGCCGGUUCAGAGACACAGAAGCUGCGGAUUCGAGUACGGUCACCGACUCCAGGCUCUGGCGAUCCCUCGGAGGGCCGCUUCGUGAAGGCGUUCCGCGGAUGGCAAUAUUAUUUCUCCAGCUCUUCAUUAUGGAACAAAAGCGAGGUCAAGUCAGAGGAUGAAGCCGAUCAAACCAGGAAGAAGGAGCAAUUUGAAGACAUAGCCGUGACUGGAGAACAGAUGAUGUCUUGGGCUAAGUCCCAACCAUGGCCUGGUUGUCAUCUUCCAUGGAGAGUUAUCAGUCUGAAGCGACACCAGACAAAACUGCCGCCUAAGAACAAGGACGUGCCCGUUUUGCCGGUUUAUGUUAUUGAGGGGGCUCUUCCAUCCAAGUCACCCAAAACUCGCAAGAAGCCUGGUAAAAAGCGACGACUUAUUCUUCGGAAACGUGCGGCAGCAGUCGAAACAGCAAAGGAGGCGGAUGCUGAGAAGCGAACUCGCAAAAAUCGCGAGCGGAAGCUCAAGCGUCGACAGAAGGCUCGGGAGGAAAAGGCUGCGGCUGCGGCUGCAGCCGGUGGUGAUGUUGACAUGGUAGAUGCAGAUAGAGCUUCUUCAUCCGGUGGCGAUUGA